AUUGACAGCUCGGGGUCGUAAACUGUGAGGAUGCUCGCCGUGAAAGCUCGGCUUUGCGCGUCCUGAAAGACGAGACUUUAUAUACGCACGUAUAUGUAUAUAUAUAUUUUUUUUCUUCUUCACCGCUGGACAGUUGAGAAACCACGGGUGACCACGACUUUUAAGUGCAGUGCGAUGAAACAGAAGUAGGGUGAGAAGAAAAAGAGAAAGCCGAUCGGUGGCCGAGAGCCGGCCCCCUGUGUGUUUUGGGUAUACCUUGGCGGAGGACGAGGGUUUACGGACGGUCCACCAACUUUGAUGGUCUCUCGAAAGAGGCUCUGAUGUACGAGCACAGCCAUAUCAUCAGUUUGGAUUUUCGCGCGCAAUCGAAACUCUAAAGACAAGAAAACAAAAUUGCAGUGAUAACGUGAAAAGAAAAAUCGUUCGGUGGUGGCGCAAAGUUUAAGUGUGGACAAAAUAAACGAUUCAAGAUAGCGUCGAGCUGCACGACGAUGAACUCGUACUUCGAGCAGAGCGCGGGUGGCUUCUACGGUAGCCACCACCACCAGACGAGCGCCGCGGCCCAACACCACGACCCCGCGACGGCAGCCGCCUACCGCAGCUUUCCCCUGGGCCUUGGCAUGUCGCCGUACGCCUCGUCCCAGCACCACCACCACAGCUCCUCGAGCCUGGGCAUCCACCCGGGCGGUGGGACAAACACCCGACCACCCCAAGACUCGCCCUACGACGCUAGCGUAGCCACAGCUUGCAAGCUCUACUCGACGACCCCCGAGGCGAGCGGCCACACCACCUCCUCGUACAGCAGCUCCGCGGUAGCAGCAGCAGCAGCAGCCGCGGCAGCCUCGGUCAGCAAGGACUGCAAGCAGCAGGAGCAGGCCGUAGCUGCAGCGGCAGCGGCCCAUCAGAACGGCUACGCGGCCGUGAUGGCAGCGGCAGCGGUCAAGGAUGUGUGGCAGUCGGCCUCGGCCGUGGCAGCCAGUAGCCAGAGUGCCGGGGCGAACUCCUCGGUGGUGCGGCCCUCGGCCUGUACUCCCGAGGGCUCGCGGGUCAGCAGUUACUCGGGUCUCGUGAGCGCCGGCGACGCGGCCUCGAGUCCCGGGAACAAUGGCUCCAGCCGCUCGCUCACCUCGUCCUGGAACACCUGCAGCCUCAACACCUCGGCGUCGAGCCAGCCCGUGGCCACUCAGCUACACCAGCAGCCUGCCAAUCAUACCUUCUACCCCUGGAUGGCCAUAGCAGGUAAGGAAGAUAUGGCUAAACCGCAUUGGACUUGGUUGCAAGGAGCAAAUGGUUUGCGCAGACGAGGCAGGCAGACGUACACGCGCUAUCAGACCCUGGAGCUGGAAAAGGAAUUCCACACGAAUCACUACCUGACCAGGCGGAGGCGAAUAGAGAUGGCGCACGCCCUCUGCCUCACGGAGCGGCAGAUAAAGAUAUGGUUCCAGAAUCGGCGGAUGAAGCUCAAAAAGGAGAUACAGGCAAUCAAGGAGCUGAACGAGCAGGAAAAACAGGCCCAGGCGCAAAAGGCCGCGGCUGCGGCUGCCGCGGCGGCGGCGCAUCAACAGCAGGGGGGCCCCGAUGGGGCCAACUAGGGGUACGCCCUACACCGGAGUCCCCCCGAUCACACCACGGCCAAUCCGCACCACCCUCUGCUGGCGGCCCAAUGUACGCAGCUGUAUUAAGGUGAGUGGCAGAGUCAGCACCAGCCGUUACUGUAAUGCCAAAUACCCAAAAAAAACAAAAACAAAAAUCGG